AAAAUAACAGGGCUUGAUUUGCGAUUAAAAAAUACCUCUCAAAGAUCAUCUUGUUCAGUAAAUGUGAAAAUAAAUUGAAAAUACGUAAACCUUAAAAAAUUAAAAAUGUCAUGUCUGUGAAGAAAAUUGUAACGAUUGCAUUAAUUAGGACAUAUCGGCAAGAGCAAUCGGUUUCUAAAAAUGAGAAUAGUCAAACACGUUCCAGACAAAAUCAACUGACAUUAUUCUCAUCGAAACAUAUCUUUUAUUCGAUUCUUCUCAUCUCAUCAUACGUGGGAGGAAUCAAAUUUUUUAACUAAAUACGUAUUCAACUCUUCAAUGAAACAAUAAUCAUUUUUGAAAACUUACUGCGGUGACACUCGACUAAUGGGUGACAUACACGCCGUUCCUAUGCAGCUGAUGGGGAAUCAGUGACUUGGAACGCCUUGUCACCCUUCCAAAAAUGAAUGAAGUAAAAUAAAUACAAAAUAAUUUUUUUCUGAGCUGAAGACGAAGUUUCAAGCUACCAAUAAAAUCUUGCUUGAUACUAAGUCUCGGAAAAUUUAACGACUCGAGAGAGAGAGUAAGUUUGAGAAUUUUGUUUUUAUCAAGUUUCCACUUAAAAAAAGGAAGAGAGAAAAAAACUCAAGAUGCAGCCACAAAAAACGAUAGCUCGAAUUGUCGGUGGGAAAGUGACGGUGCCUCAUCCCUUGCCUCCAAAAAUGUUGUACCUAGUGUGGUAUGUGUCAACAUUAGGACUUAGCGAUAGAUUUCUCCUCUCUGAUAACAGGCCCAGAGAAGAACUUAUUUCAAGACCUCCUCCACGCCGACCCAACAGUUCUCUCUUCCCUGGAAGAAGUGAGGGAAAAUCACUAUGGGAACAUCCUUUCAUCAAUACAAAUCCUAUCUCUUUUACAAAAUACAACACAGAGCUGGAGAUAAGCCGGUACUUGGAUCAGCUGGCGAGGUCUCAUCCGGAGGUGGUGACGGUGUUCCCUCUGGGGCGAAGCGUGGAAGGUCGCGUGAUCAAGGGGGUGAGGGUGUCCUCCGGGGGUGGCGGCCUGAAGCCAGCCAUCCUCCUCGAGGGCGGGAUCCACGCCCGGGAGUGGAUCUCCCCGGCGGUCGUCCUCUACGUCCUCGACCAACUCGUCACCAACCGCCCCCGCAACGGUCAACUCAUCAACGCCACCGAUUGGUACUUCGUGCCCCUCCUCAACCCGGACGGAUACGUUUACUCCAUGAGCAGAGAUAGGAUGUGGAGAAAAAAUCGGGCCAAGACUUGGAGACAUCAAAACACUGUAUGUUCAGGAGUGGAUCUGAAUAGGAAUUUUGGAUUAGACCAUGCGCAGUUUGCUGCGCUGAAUUACGAUCCCUGCUCAGGGAUCUAUCGAGGCCCUGCUCCUUUCUCCGAGCCAGAAUCUAGAGCUUUGCGAGACUUCAUCAUGGCCAACAGGAUGCAAAUCAAGAUAUAUUUAUCAUUCCAUAGCUUCGGGAAUUACAUUCUAUAUCCCUGGGGUCACCAAGGUGCCAAACCCUUUGACUGGCAAUCUUUGGAGCGUUUGGCUAUGAAAGCGAGUGAGGCAAUCAGCCGGAAUUCAGGUGCUAAAUACCGUGUUGGCUCAUCGUCUGCUAUGCUUGGAGCUGCUGCUGGUGGUAGCACUGACUGGGUUAAAGGCUAUGCAGGAAUCCAGUACGCCUACACGAUUGAGCUGCCAGGAGGUGGAAAGUGGGGCUUUGACCUACCAGAAAAAGACAUCAUGAGUGUUUCCUCUGACGUGUUCGAAGCUGUCAAGGUUUUCGCAAGUUUUACAGUGCCAGAGUCAAGCUUAAGUAGAAGCUUGAAAAAUGCAACUCAACUGUUCUCAAGGAGAAUCCAAACACAGAAGUUACCUAUUGGUAGUAUCAGACUGUCGCCCAAGAUGGACAAUCCAAAAAAAGUAAUUUGGAGGUUGGGCUAAAAAUCGGAAAUUUUACCCAGAGGAAGCAGGGGGAAAUGAGAAUAAGUUUUUUUGAUGAACAUGAAAUAAAAGUUCUCCCACAUCACCAGCAACAAAAAACAAAGAAGUGACGACUAAUGAUGCGAAAACAUCUUCAAUGAUUCUUCUAAUCGUAAUAGUGAGAGCAUGUACCUGAUUGUAAAUGGCUGCUUUCAUAAUUUUUGAAAAAAGUAAUGACAAGAAUAAAAAUAAUCAUUUAACGCAAAUUGAAAAAGUUUUACUUGUUAUAUGAUAAAUUUGACAAGUUGAAAUUAACCAAAGAGAGAAAACAGAAAAAAUGAAUUAAUUGAAAAAAAAAAGAGAACAAAUUAAGAGAGAAUCAAAUGAAACUGACAAUGUAAUGCAGUGAAGCAAGUAUACAGCAAGAGUGAUCGGUAAACAAUAGCCGAGCAUGAUUCUGCAAGCAAAUAGGUGGGUCCAAAAUAAGAUUAAAAAAAGAAGGCAUUGUUCUGUAAUCAUUUACAAAUGACAUUCACAUAUGCACACAUUUAUUUAUGUACAUUGGAAUCAAUUAUAACACUUUAUUGAUUGAUGUUUCGAUUCAACAGAUAGUUGAGUUUCUUUUUUUCAGACACUUAAGUACAUUCAAUAAUAGAUCUGGCAGCUGAUAAUGAGCGAGCUACUUAGUGGUCAAUUGACAAUCAUGUUCAUAGAUGACUUUGAACAAAAACAAUUCAUGAACAAAUAAUUGCAAAAGGUAAUUCACUUUUACAAAAUAGGCAAAAAUGAAAAGCGAUUUUUUCCUUUCAACUUUGGUAAAAUUGCAAGGUAUGAAUCUUGAUCAAAUGUCUUUGGCCUAUGAUACAAGCAGACUACUGCAAUAAACCUAUUGGUAGUCUACAAGAAACAAAACGAAAACUUGCAUAAGGAUGAGAAAAAUGUCAAGAUUUUUAAUACCCACCCUUAUUCAAAUAGAGGAAAAACCAAGCAAAAUAUAUUCAACAUGGAACAGAAAAAGUAUUGAGUAUUUUUUCUCCUUUUGUUUUUAAAUAAGGCAAAUCUUAGAUCCAAACACCAAAACCCAUAAUGCUAAUCUGGAGGGAAGACAAAUUAGCCUAUGGCGUUAUUGGACGGAUUACAAAGAGAUUAAGCAUAUGCACUUCGACACUUUGUGGAAUACCGAACUCGCUAGCUAACAAAAACAGUCUGAUUAAGAGAUGAUCUAGAUUCAUUCCUUCAACUUACAAAAGAAAAAAUCGCUGUGUAAAAUGAAAAAAUCUGGUCUACUUGUGCCAGUCAUUGAAUUUAAAUUUACAUAAAAAUUAUGGAUGAUAGUAAUCUUUGUAUGCACGUUACUGUUAAGAUUUCAAAAUUCCGUGGAUAAUCAAUAAGCGAGCUGCUAAAACUAAAAUAAAUAAAGAAUUUAAAAAUGAACGAAAAA